AGUGCUGAAUCGAAAUCUUCAACAAGUUAUGGCUCGCAUCCAAGUCCACGCAAUGCAUUCUGGUACUUGAAGUCAAUAUGGCAGCUGCAGUACGUUGCCCUUAAGAUGCUGGCAGCACACUUUAAACUACAUUUCCCUUACCACUCAUACCGAUUUGAAUGUCGUGCAAGGGGUAGCUUUUUCCAAUCGAUGAUCUCAACUGAAGUUUCCUCUGUCAGCUUCCCGGAGGAGCUGAGGAAACUCCUUGAUAAUGACAAAAGUAUCGUCUUGGUUGAGCAUCGUUAAAGUCUGCGGCGGGAAAAGGUAAAGGGAACUUAACGCCAUUUAAGUCCCUAACAAUGCGGUUCAAACAAAGCCGGCAGUGAUUCGCGGUCUUGGUGGUUUUCUGCGCUGAUCCCUGUUAGCCAGGGCUGGGUCCCGAUACGGUUGCAAGUCGGCGCCUCACCAAGAUGUCUAUGGACGAGCAGGAAUAUCCCGAAGCGGUACUGGUGACAGAGGCCGGGCCUCAGUGGCUUCGAGUGGAGGUCGAGCGUCUCACCCGGGAGCUCCGUGAGACGACCCAUGAGAAAAUCCAGGCGGCGGAGUACGGGCUGGCGGUGCUGGAGGAGAAACAGCAGCUCAAGCAGCGAUUCGACGAGUUGGAGACGGAAUACGAGACGGUCCGGCAUGAGCUGGAUCAGCUGAAGGAGGCCUUUGGACAAGCUUACUCAGCCCACAGGAAGGUAGCAGCUGAUGGGGAAAGCAGGGAAGAGUCACUGAUCCUGGAGUCUGCCAGUAAGGAGGCUCUGUACCAGCAGAAGGUCCUGGAUCUGCAGAAUGAGCUCCGACAGACCAAAGCCUCCCUCGCCAGUUUGCAAGCUGAAAACGAUCGUCUGUCGUCCAUUGCCCUGGAGAUGAGAGAGAAUUCAGAGCUGGCAGAGCUGCAGCGAAGUCAGCUGCGUGAUGACAUGAGAGAGUGCAAGGUACGGGAGGCUCGUCUGCUGCAGGACUACAGCGAGCUGGAGGAGGAGAACAUCUCUCUUCAGAAACAAGUGUCUGUGCUGAGACAAAACCAGGUGGAAUUUGAAGGUCUAAAGCAUGAGAUCCGCCGUCUGGAGGAGGACUCCCAGUGCCUCCACGGCCAGCAGGAGGAAGCCGUGCGUCUGAGAGAAAUCGCUGAGCGACAGCUGACAGAGGCCUUAGAAACAAUUAAAACAGAAAGGGAACAGAAGGCCUCUCUUCGCAAGGAGCUCUCCCACUAUAUGACUAUCGGCGGCUCUGUGUACAACAGCUCUUUCAAUAUCUCCAUCGACAACCUAAAACUCCAUGAUGAUCCCUCCGCCAUCACCGAGCCCGACAAUGAUGAUCUAAUCAGAGGAUUUGAAAAUGGCCUGGCCAAGGCAGGUGAAGGUGAUGAAGACAACAGAGUUGGUGUGAACAAGAGAGGAGAGGCUUUCAAGCCGGCUCCGAGCUUGGUGGACGACCUGCUGAGUGAGCUCAACAUCUCAGAGAUCCAGAAACUUAAACAGCAGCUUAUGCAGGUGGAGCGUGAAAAAGUGGCCCUGAUCAACUCUCUCCAGGAGAGCCAGAAGCACCUAGAGCAAGCCUACGGGACUGUGUCAGAGCAAAAGGAGACCGUCAACAGGCUGACUGAGAACCUCACAGCAAUGAGGAAACUUCAGGCCAGUAAGGAGCGCCAUUCCGCCCUCGACAGUGAAAAAGACAGGGACAGCCAUGAUGACGGAGACUACUACGAGCUGGACAUCAAUGGCCCUGAGAUUCUGCAGUGUAAAUACACAGUGGCUGUGUCUGAAGCUGGGGAGUUAAGGCAGGAGCUUAAGACCCUGAGAGCACAGUACGAGGAGUGUCGAACCCAGUAUGAAGAUGAGCGAGCACGGCUGGAUAGUGACGUCCAUGAGCUGAGAUCGAAGUUGGCGUCCCUGGAGAAGGUCAGCCAGACAGAUAAAGCAGAGGUGGCCCGUCUGGAGAAGGAGCUCCGUCUGGUCAGCGAGGCUGCAGGAGAAUCACUUGGCAGCCUCAAUGUGGCCCAGGAUGAGCUUAUAGCUUUCAGUGAAGAGCUGGCCAAUCUCUACAACCACGUGUGUAUGUGCAACAAUGAGACUCCAAACCGCGUCAUGCUCGACUACUACAAGGAAGGCAAGGCCAAAGUAAGGAAGGGGCAAGAAGGGAAGGAGCAACAGUCAUCUGUACUUCUUUCUAAUGGGCUGAUCACUGAGACUGAUCCCGGGAAGUCCAGCAGCACUACAGUUAGCCUGGCCUCAGAGCACCGGCCAGAACCCAUGAACGUCUAUAACCUCGUAGCCAUCAUCAGGGACCAGAUCUGCCAUCUGCAGCAAGCAGUGGACCGCACCACAGAGCUGUCACGUCAGAGACUUGCCAAUCUGGAGCUGAGCACAGUAGCAGAUAAGGACCAGGAGGCCUGCAUGGGAGAGAUCCUUAAACUGAAGUCCCUGCUCAGCACCAAGAGGGAACAGAUCGCCACUCUCAGAGCUGUGCUCAAAGCCAACAAGCAGACGGCUGAGGUCGCUCUGGCCAACCUGAAGAGUAAGUAUGACAGCGAGAAGGCCAUGGUGACAGAGACAAUGAUGAAGCUGCGCAAUGAACUGAAGGCUCUGAAAGAGGACGCUGCUACGUUCUCCUCUCUCCGAGCCAUGUUUGCUACAAGGUGUGAUGAGUAUGUCACCCAGCUGGACGACAUGCAGAGGCAGCUGGCUGCUGCUGAGGAUGAGAAGAAGACCCUGAAUUCUCUGUUGCGGAUGGCCAUCCAGCAGAAACUGGCCCUGACCCAGCGCCUGGAGGACCUGGAGUUUGACCAUGAGCAGGCGCGCCGCAACACUGCCACAGCGGCGGCAGGCAAGGGCAAAACAAAGGGCAAAGGAGCGUCCUCCACACAUCAUUAAAUCUGUCAUGCCAAGUGUCCUUAAGGAGCUCCGUAAGAGUGUUUGUGACAGUUGCCAGUCACCUGGUUCCUUCACUUUGUAAUCCUGGUCCAAAUCAUGCCGUUGUUAACACAAGAACAAACAUAUCCAACAGUAUUUGCCAAGGUCCUUGUUUUACAGUGCCAAAACAAGUGUGUAAAAUUCUGUUAAAUAUUUAGACCUCAGAAAGAAAGACUCAUUGCAUCAGCAGUCCUCCCGUCUUCCAACAACACGCUAUUAUUAUUGAACCAGAGGAAGAAUCAAGAUCUGUGUUUUGCUGAUUAUGCAUUGCCUGGGUUCCCCUGACUGCACUUUUUUUUUUACUCAAUUGCUCUAAGGUGAUUCCUCUUUAUUUCUAAAAAUCACACUAAUGGUUUCAAGUAUUAUACAAUGUUUUUACCAGAUGUGCAUGUUUGUCUGCCAGAUUCUUGAUGAUAUUUUCAAGUGAUUCAACAUAUUUAUUUUUUCAUUCACAAAUUGAGAGAUUAUGUGUUAAUUCUUUUAAAACCAGAACUUUAAGCUUACUGGUUAAAAUCCAACAAAAAAGACAAAUACACGUUACUUUUGCCUUAGUUAUUUUCUGUUUGGCCUUAAAUGAACUGCUGACUUUCUGACAGCCCAUAGAAACACUUUCAAGUUUAUCGAUCUUGAUAACCACUUCUUUUAUUUAGCUUAUUAAAAAAGGAUUGCAGUAUAUUAUAUAUUAUUUUUACUAUAUGAUCCUGUGAACAUGGUGCUUCAGUUUCAGGGUCUUUCUACAUUUUUGGUUCCUCCUGUGUGAACAUGGUAGAGCUGUUACAAAUUCAAGUAUGUUUGUUAUGACUAAGGAAGAGUAUUAAUGCAAAGCUUAUUUAAAGAUUUCUAAGUUAAGGUCAGAUGUUAAUAGUAAUCGUAAACUUAAUUCGUGAAGGAGAGCUUUUAAUGUAAUUGUUUUAAUACAACUGUUUUGUAAACCUUUUGAGUCCUAAAUUCUGCAAACAAAUGCCUGCAGUGCCAUUUUGUGUUUUGUUUAAACAAGUGCAAUUUGCAAACAUGGAGAGAAGAGAAAAACAACUAAAUGUUUAUGCUAUGUAAAGAUAUUUUACACAUUGUUGCUCACAUACUUGGUCCUAAUUGUUUUUCUAUGUUUUUACUUUAACUGCAACUGUAUUUAUUUGAAACUGUUCAGACUACAGGAUGUCUACAUCCUUUUUGUUUCUUAAGGUAGUUGGAGUGGAGGUGACUGGCCAGAGUAUCGAUAAGACUGAACUUGAGGUAAAAACCUAGCAAAAUUUCCUGACUGCGGGCUACUGUCUCUAACAGUUACUGCUGGUGAAGAAAUAAAUCUAACUUUCACAAAGGG